CUUGUUCAACUACUUAGGUCUACAUCUAGUCCUUGGCUUGAUGGAGCACACCUCCGUAAGCUCUGAAACUGGGCAACAAGUGCCGAAGCCGCCAAGAGCUGAGCAGUGCGUUGGAUUUGUGCAUAGCGCCAUGAAGGAAGUUACUACUUUCAUGUAUGUCAAGGAAUAUGUACCCCCUGAAGCUAAAAAGGAGAUUGAGGAGAUUGUGGAAAGAUUGAAAGCGGCCUUUCUGAAAGCAUUGAAUAAUGCCCAAUGGAUGGACUAUGAAACAAGAAGGAAUGCAAAGGAAAAGGUAAUGCAAAUUACGGCCAAGAUUGCUUAUCCUCGGUGGUUGCUCGAUCCACAAGUCCUUGAAAGCAUCUACAGCGACGUAUCAGACCUUGAUCCCAAAUCUUCAUUUGUUAAAAUGAUGCACGAUAUCAGAGUGAACAACGAGAAGAAAUUGAUGCAGAAAUUUCGUCAGCCCUACUCGAAAGACUUAGACUGGCUUCUGAGUCAGUCCGCUGCAACCGCUUUUUACAGUCCAAGUGGAAAUGAAAUUGUAUAUCCAGCAGGAGGCCUUCGAGCUCCGUUCUAUGAACACGGCCUGCCCAAGUCUGUGAACUUCGGAAGCAUUGGAUCUGUGAUAGCACACGAGAUAUCUCACAGCUUCAUCGGCAGAGGAGGCUUCUAUGGGGCAGAUGGUCGACAGAAACUGUGGUGGACACAACAGUCUCAAAAGAAUUUCUCGGACCGCACUGAUUGCUUCAAGCAGCAGUACGAACAAGUUUUUGACAAAGAGGCCAAUAUAAAUCUCAAUGGACAAAGCACUUUGGAUGAAAACGUUGCUGACAACAUCGGGUUGAUGAUUGCUUUCGAGGCAUAUAGUAGUCUUCUAAACGAAUGCAAGAGACCUGCAGCGAAACUGGAGACCUUGGAACAGCUCUCAAGCACUGAGCUUUUUCUUGUUUCGUAUGCAAUGGUGUGGUGUGAGGUAACAAACGCCGACCAGGUUAAAUCGAAAAUUCAACGCAAUCGGCACAGUCCCAACAAAUACAGGGUGAACAUACCAGCAGCAAACUUGGCGGCAUUCGCUUCAACCUUCAACUGUGGAAGCACUGAUAGUGAAAAUUCGUACAGCAAAAAUAAAUGCAUUCUGUUUUGAGCGGUG